AUGGCUGGUACGUAUCUAACCGACACGAUCACUGAAAGGGCUACACACCAAGGACUGCAGCAGAGUAAAAGCUGCGGAUUCAAAGUCCAACACAUACGGCCUCAACCUUAUCAGCUCGGCGACCCCCAGUACAACAGCCAAAUGGCUGUGGAUACACUUGUUAGGGACGUAGGAAGAAACGUCCAGCAAAGCGCGUGGGACUUGUCACAUGACUUCUCGGCUCGACUUGCUAGCCUCGGAAAUCUUGUCAGAUUUCUUCCAAGACAAUGCUUCGGACUGUCAUGUCUUAAGGACUUUGGCGUUUUUCUCCAGAAGUCACACGUCAUAGGCCAUGUCUCAACAAACUCCGAGAAACCUUCUCCAGCCGUCACCUCGAGCGGUUCCAGACCCUUUCAAUCCGUCAGUGCAAGGCCAAGAAAGAGGUUAAAGAGCAGCGACGAUGACUCUGGCCGUGACAAUGAAGACCCCAAAGCUUCAAUGGGGAAGAGGACGAAGGGAGAGAGCACGCAGUGCCACUUUGCCUGUCCCUUCUGGAGACUUGAUCCGAACAACCAUCGACCGUGUUAUAGCGCCAAACUCUCGGAGAUCAGAUACGUCAAGCAGCAUUUACUACGACGUCACGUGCAGCCAUUUUACUGUCCAUGCUGCAUGGAAUUGUUUGACAACUACGGGGAUCGUGAUCAUCACGUGAGGCAGGGGACAUGCGUGAUCCGUCUCUCUUCAGAACAUAGACCUACAGGAAUCACUGAAGACCAGAAAAUGGCACUGCGUUGUUGGUCAGCCAGAAGAGGUUCAACUAGAGAAGACCAGUGGUUUGAAAUAUGGGAUAUAACAUUUCCUGACGUUCCCCACCCUAUUUCGCCUUACAUCGACGAGCAGGUCUUUGGACAGCCCCACUUCGAACUAAUCCCAGAGCGGUCGAGUGCACUCACAGUCGAUGAAGCGCAUGGAAUGCUGCUCAGCCCAUGGAACGCAAACAAAGACUCAACAACGUUGGGGAUUGAUGCUCAUAAGACUUCCAACAACGAAGAACUCAGACUUGCAUGUCCCUAUUACAAGGCGUUUCCUCAAAUUAUCAGCUCAUCGAGAUGGCGGACAUGCUCUGGAGGUGGAUGGACCUCGGUUCAUCGCCUGAAGUAA